CAGCCCUGGCGGCCCCAGCAGCCCCGGCGGCAGGGACCUGCAUCCUCUCCUGCGCCCCUCGCUCACCGCUGGGCAGACGCGGCGGCUGUCCCGGAAGAGGCAAGCCGGGGACAGUCCCACCCGGACCCCCGAGAGCGGGCAGCGGAUCUCCAAGAGUUGGUAGCGUGAGGCACAACCAGGAGCGAAGGGGCCCGGAGCCUCGAGGCCCGCGGGAACUUUAAAGGCGGCGGGUCCCGGUCUUCGAGGGCUGCAGUUCCGGGGCGCUCCGGGGCUCCCAGCCUCAGCAGCUGUAGCGUCUCAGAGUCCGCCGCCGUCCCUGCGCGGCGGGAGAAGGAGUUCUCUGCAACUUCGUUGGAGACGUCGGAGAGCCGGCGGGAGAGAGGUGGAGGGGCACGUCCAGCCCCAGAGACACGGAGCAGCGGGAGACAGGAAGGAUCUGGCGGAGGCCGAGGGGUGGACAGACCCUCGUAGCAGCAAGACCGAAGCAGCCUGGCAGCCCGCGGGGCCUCGCUGCCCCCAGAGUGAGACGAAGGGCCGUGUGCUCGCGGCCUCUUGCAAGCUUCUGCUCCGGCGCCGAGCGCCCCUAGUUAUCCCGGAGGUGGGCCCCUGCGCUAUGCCCUCGACGCUGCGGGCGCCUGGGCCUCAGCUUCUCGGGUGUGGGCCGGGAGCCGCCGCUUGAGCCCGCCGAGGAGCAAAGGCAGCUGGAGGAGUUGGGCGCCCGCUCCCAGACCCCCGACUGGCUGAACACUGUUUCCCGCCUCUCGGCUCAGCUCUCCGUGAUCUUCCGCAGGAGGCUUGGAGAGGGACCCCACGGCUGCAGAGGUGUUUUCUGAGCCCAGCUCACACGGUGCCUGGCCUGGUGGCGCGGCUCCCUAGGCUCUCUGAGCAGCCCUUUGGCGCCGAGAGGCAGCGGCGCGGGCCGACCUGCAGUCUGGAGCGCCCCGAUGGAAAUACACUGUAAGCACGACCCGUUUGCAUCCAUGCAUAGACAUGGAGGAGUGAAUCAGCUCGGGGGGGUUUUUGUGAAUGGACGGCCACUCCCAGAUGUAGUCCGCCAAAGGAUAGUGGAACUUGCCCAUCAAGGUGUCAGGCCCUGCGACAUCUCCAGGCAGCUUCGGGUCAGCCAUGGUUGUGUCAGCAAAAUUCUUGGCAGGUAUUAUGAGACAGGAAGCAUCAAACCGGGGGUGAUUGGAGGAUCCAAACCAAAGGUUGCCACUCCCAAAGUGGUGGAAAAAAUCGCUGAGUAUAAACGCCAAAAUCCGACCAUGUUUGCCUGGGAGAUCAGGGACCGGCUGUUGGCAGAGCGGGUGUGUGAUAACGACACGGUGCCCAGCGUCAGCUCCAUCAACAGGAUCAUCCGGACAAAAGUACAGCAGCCCCCCAACCAGCCAGUCCCAGCUUCCAGUCACAGCAUAGUGUCUACAGGCUCCGUGACGCAGGUGUCGUCGGUGAGCACCGACUCCGCAGGCUCCUCGUACUCCAUCAGUGGCAUCCUGGGCAUCACGUCUCCCAGUGCCGACACCAACAAGCGCAAGAGGGAUGAAGGUAUCCAGGAGUCUCCAGUGCCGAACGGCCACUCACUUCCAGGCAGAGACUUCCUCCGGAAGCAGAUGCGGGGAGAUCUGUUCACACAGCAGCAGCUGGAGGUGCUGGACCGCGUGUUCGAGAGGCAGCACUACUCAGACAUUUUCACCACCACGGAGCCCAUCAAGCCAGAGCAGACCACAGAGUAUUCAGCCAUGGCCUCGCUGGCCGGAGGCCUGGAUGACAUGAAAGCCAAUUUGACAAGCCCCACCCCUGCGGACAUCGGGAGCAGUGUGCCGGGCCCACAGUCCUACCCCAUUGUCACAGGCCGCGACUUGGCAAGCACGACCCUCCCCGGGUACCCUCCGCACGUCCCCCCCGCUGGACAGGGCAGCUACUCUGCACCAACGCUGACAGGGAUGGUGCCUGGGAGUGAAUUUUCUGGGAGCCCCUACAGUCACCCUCAGUAUUCCUCCUACAAUGACUCAUGGAGGUUCCCCAACCCAGGACUGCUUGGCUCCCCAUACUAUUACAGCGCCGCAGCCCGAGGAGCGGCCCCACCUGCCGCAGCCACCGCCUAUGACCGCCACUGACCCUCAGAGCCAUGUGGGCACCGAUUCUUCAACGCGUUUCAUUGAGGUAGACAGCUUCCUAACCCCCAGACAGACAGAGGGGCCCAACAAUGUCGUCUCCCGCCCCAUCCCACACACAGCUGAAGCAUCCUCCUCCCCUCCAUUUUUCCCUGCCUAGGAUCCAGGUAGGGCGGCUGGACUUCUGGAUUCUUAUCCAUGUCAAGAGUCAAUUGACAAGCUUCUCCGAAGCGGUGACAGGGUCUCUGCUGUUCUGAAGACCAUUGCAGCCAAGCCCAGCCUACCAGUCCUCCUGACUGUCUGACCAUCUGUGGGUUUCAGCCACGGCAGGCCCGCAAGAAAGAGCUGGCUUUUGUUGCUUCCCAGAACCCAUGUAUAUACCUUCUUCUUCCCUGUGGCCCUGAAGGUCUGACAGAGCAGAUUACCCACAAUGCACAGGCUAUCUUCCACCUCUGCACAGAACACCCUUCCCUCUGCCCUGGUGCCCUGUCAGGUAUCUCAAAGCCGUCUUUGAAACUGAUAGUGGCCACCUUGAGGAUGCCCGGCCUCUAGUUCACUUCUCGAAUAUCUACAAGGCUCACUGGUGGUCAUGGCACAAGCUUCCCCUGAGGUUCCCCCCAAGAGGAAUACACUCCAGGGAGACACCCUGGCCUCUUGCCUCCAUUUCCACAGAGCCACCGUAGUGUCAAUGGUCCUUUUCUCAAUCAAGGGACUCCAAGAGAACUGUCUGGGACAGCUGCUGUCCUAAAGAAAGAGGUCAUCCAUCCAAGCGCUGAUGGCAUUGUGACUCUGAAUAGCGAUCUGGAUCAAAAGAUCAUCGGACCCAGGCCAGGGUCCGAUGGUCCUCCUGGCCCCUGGAACCACCAAACUGAGUAUGUUUGCCGAGGCACGCCCGAGCUCAGACCUCUUUGGACAUCAGCCAUGGGCACUUUGCAACCAUCCUUUGGGACCCCAAUGACUGGAUCCUGGGCGAGUCUGUCCCAGCCACAGAGACAGUGGCUGGCAGAAAGGACUGAUGCCGGCACUGGGGACCAGCACACCCUGCAGGCAUCAGCCAGGACCCGAGCUUCCUCUCAAGCAGCGCUGCCACCCUUGGGGAGCACAGAGUGUGGCUGGGCACGGAGGUGCUGGGGAUGGGGGCAGGGGCCCGGCCUACACCUGCAGGCCAGCUUGUUCAUACAAGGUGUCGAGAUGGAACUCGCUGUGGGAAGGCAGAGGAAUCCGUGGGAGACAGAGGAAGGGCCAGGGGAGGGCCAGGCCAAACACUGAGGAACCGGUGGGCGACUUGAGGGUGGGCUUGAGUCUCGGGGGGGGGGGCGGUGAUACAAUUCAUUCAUCUGGAACCUCUAUUCUCUGCACAGUCCGUCCUGCCAACUCCAAACAGCAGAGGAGAACCCCUGUCUAAACUGAGGCUUAACAGGACCGUUUUCACAUGA